GAGCCCUGUAUCAUGCCAAGGUGUGUGUUUGCGCAAGUGUGUCCGUGUGUGUGUGGCGCGGCUCUUUUCCAGAGAGCCAUAUGGGCCCUGCUGUGUUGCGGGCUGUUCCUGCUGCCGCCUUUGGCCUGCUGGUCAGCCUCACCUCAGCACGCCUCAGCUCUGCUCAGCUCAGCCCAAAACAACACUCGCAGUGGGGGCCCUGGGCCCGGCACAGAAUGCCAGCAGCUCAGAUGUCCUUGGUUUGGUUGGUUGUGCUGUUAGGUUUCGAUGUGUGUAUUUCUUUUAUUUCGGUCAUUUGGGACUACAUCAAAAGGAAAACGUAGGUUUUGUUUUGUCCUUUCCCAACCCUUGAGUUGUUGGAGGCUUCUCUGAUCAGGGCCUAAAAAUUGAGAAACUGGCUCACUGGUUUUUCGCACAUCCCCAGAAAGAUGAGCACCUGUUUUGUGAUUUUGAUGUAUUUUUUCAUUUAAAAUAUAUUUUACAAUGUAAUUUGCAUAGGGUCCCUAGAGACAUUUUUUUACUUGCUUAAUAUUAUUUGUCAUAUUGCUGUAGGCCUGUUAAAACUAUCAAAACUCUGUAGUUGAGACCAUGAAAUGGGAAGAAAAAGCCGGCCGUUUUUUUCAUGAGCAUAUUUUGGAAAGCUAUGCGCACGCCCUUCCUCCAGUCCUCCACAAAAAAGGGCAGGGUCUUGGAACAAUGGCGAUGUUGAUAAAGACACUGCUCUUACCCCUUCAGCCAGAUGUUUCUAAUCAAUAGAUUCCAUGUGAUCGACAUUCGCAACGAGCCACUGAAACAGUGCAUGCUGCCAUUUGAGGGCUGGCAACGUGAAAGGCUUUCUCCUCCCCUCCUCUGACCAUAUUUUCUUUUGCACCCGUCAUUCAGUCGCUGGACUGAUGUAAAAUGUGAACGAAACAAAAAUACCGGACAUUGGGUAUACCUAACUAGUAUUCACUACAGUGUCCUAAGGACUGCCAGAUGUGUGUGCUAGGAGGGGCUGUCUGGAACGAACUUGGGAAUUGGGGGUGGGGGCGCCUUUAGCUGAACUUUAGUGUAGGAAUUUUCUGGGUUUGGUUUCCAGGCACAACAGUUCAGAAACAACUGAACAUUUUUACUCAUUAGGCCUACUAUUGUAUAUGGUGCCGUACUUCUUUUUUUUUAGAAAGUCGUUAACAUUUCUUGACAUCUACCUUAAGUGUUGGACUUGUUUUAAUAAUGAUGGAGGACUAUCCUGAAGGCAAGAUUAACAUUUGUAAACAUGGAGAUUGUUUAGUUUUGCGCCUGACACGUGGUGCGUUUUGCUCUUACUCUGGUUAGUAAAUAACUAGAGGUAGGCCUAAACACAACAGGGACAUUUUUUUUGUUAUUGCGCAUAUACCGAGGCAUGAAAGACACAAUGAUGUGUGUAUCAGCUCGGCUAGGACUCCCACCAGACUUCAGUCGCAAACAUCUGAGGUUUGGAGAAUGACACUUUGCUCAGUUCUUGAGCGAGGGCUCAUGCGCUUUUUGGGACAUGAAGGAUAUAUUUCGAUCUAGGGAGAAUGUAAGGCCAGGUUUGAUGGUGCUUGAGAGCUCCGCGUAGUGGACAAAGUAAAAAAAGAAAAACGCAAUGUAUUCCCAACUCUUAUGAUACUAACACAGGAGGUAAUCUCGCGCGUAACAUUUUUUCACCCAACACGUCGAUCCAUCUCCUUGGAUAGUAAGCGGGGAAAAUGCCAUUCUGCAAAAGGACAAUAUAUCCAAAGGAUGUAUGCAAACGUGACAUUAAAAGACAAAGCGCGAUUUUCACGGACUUGGUGGAUGUGUGCGGUUUUACUUUGUGCUCCGUCCUCCGGCAGCUCUCGGAUUUAUCCCGGCAGUCCGUCAGCAUCUUGGAGGACCUCGAGGGUGAACUUGUGUCUAUUUGCCAUCGGUCCGGAACGCUGGAGAAUAAAGUCAUUAGUUUACAAAAACACAUGGCUGUUCUGGCAUGCAAGCCACCACCGAAGACAGCCAACACCAACUUGGACGCGGAGAGCAAGCGAACGGCCCACUUCCAAUUGUCAUGGCAACAGCAUGUGAACGUGUUCGGCUCCUGGAGUAGGCCGGAGUGCGUGCAGGAGCUGCAUCAGGAAGCCCAGCUCAACCUGCAGAGUCUCUUGCAAGACUUUGAGGAGCAGCUGUGUGACAACAGAGUGACAGGCCAGACAUUCCGCCACCCCUCGUCUCAGAGCUCCUCAGAGGACGCCUCCUCCACCAGCGCCAGCCGCUCUCCUGCCGUGCUGAACAACAAGAGGCCAGAGUUCAUCUUCCUGCCGGCGAAUAAGCAGCUGGGCGAGGAUGAGGCGGACUUCAUAGGGUCCCACGGUGCCCAAGAGCUCACCCCUGGCUCAGAGCACCCCAUCCUGGGCUGGAGCACCUCGCUGGGCCCCCCUGUCGCAGAGAAACCUCGCUGGUGCCUGGGCCGCAGCACUCCCACGCAGCUCCUGCCCAUCAACGUGACAGAUGACGGCAAGAUUCUGGCCGUGGACCUGAUCCAGGGUGCCUGCUCUCGAGAUUCCUCCCAGCCGCGCUCCCUGCAGCCCUGCAGCACUGAGAACCCGGACGAGAACCACAUCCCUGUCAGGAAGACCCAGAGUGACCUGGAGCACAGCGUACCUCCCUCACCCAAAACCCUCUCUGGCAUGAUGGAGCAGGCCACCCUCAUGUGCCCCAACACCUCCUGGAACGGACCCAAGGGAUCCACCUUCUCCCCGGCCUGGAAUAACUCCUACAACUACGCGCUGGCCCCCGGCUCCAUGGGCAAGCCGUCCCCCUCCAACGGUGCAGUAGGAGGAGGAGGAGGAGGGCUGGCAUGUCCUCCUCAAACAAUGUCAGGAGGGAGCUCCAAUUCAUAUUCCAGUUCUUACACGUCCAUCAAUGAACCGCCCAUGCACCAGCACCAGGGGCACGCCAACUGCCAUGGCAUGGUGAGACGGAGCGAAACAGAGGGCGCUUCAUUCGCGCCAGGAAAUGGGCACAUCGAGCAGGACAGAAAGACGCUACGGCCAAACUCUUUCAAAUUUCGCGAGCGUUCUCUUUCUACGCCAACUGACUCUGGGUCCUUUUCCUCAGCUGACAAUAUGCACUGUUAUGCCCAAACAGCUGGCAUGGCUCCUCAUGAGGGAGAGGCGUACGCCCUCCACUACCCUAGUGGCAGCUCGGAGGACAGCACAAGCACGGACAACAUGUCAGUGACAAUGGCCCCCGAUCUGCUGCCAGACGGGCAUUUGCGAAUACGGUCGCGUAGCAUCUCCCUGAAGAAAUCGAAGAAGAAACCGCCCCCACCGGUACGCAGCGUGUCUCUCGCGAAGAGCCUGAGCGAAGCUGGUGGGGGUAGAGAGAGCCAGCACUUCAGAGAUGGCCGACCCAAGAGCCUCCACCUUCCGAGGGAACAUCUUCAAGAGCCCUUCCACCCAGAGUUCUUCACGGCAGUCAAGGUAAAGCCAGAGGAAGCGAUGGGCCGUGCUGAGUACAACACCAUAGCCCAAGGCCCAGAGCAGGAACCAGAACUGGCACUUCCACCUGCCCCAUGGCAACUGAACGACUGGAAGCCCAAUAAUGAUGCAUACCACUCGCUGUCAGGCUCCAGCACAGCAACAGGCACGACAGUGAUCGAGUGCAUUAAGGUACAAGGCAGCUCAGAGUCACUCGACUCCAGGUCAACAUCCCCGUCACACCUCUCCAUUGAGGCUGAGGUGAGGGCCUCGCCUCUCAAGCCGCCUGGACUCAUGUCUCCAUCCAGCGGGUACUCCAGCCAGUCUGAAACGCCCACCCCCACCAUUCCACCCACCACCCCAAACGCUGGGCCUGCUUUCCUGGGGUGCAAGAUGCGUCCCAAAAUCCCAGAGCGAAAGUCUUCGCUGCCGGCCACCUCGCCACAAGACAAGACGAGGUCUCGUCUGUCCUUUGAGCUCCCCAGCAACCAGCUGGAUCUGUCGUCCGUCAAGCCCAAGCCCAAAGCGGGGCGUCGUCACUCUGACACUUCCGCCACGAGCAAACCGGGCAAGCAGAGCCCCGGUCAGUCCACGUUGCCCGUAGUUACCCCGAACGAACUGCGUAACAUACGCCUACGCUCCGUAAGCCGCUCCGAUCUUGAAGACAGCCCUGAUGGCGCGUCGGACAUCAUCGAGGAGGAGCAAGGACGCGAUCUCAGCCCCCCGUUUACUCCAGACCCCAAGCCACCCAAACCCCCGGUGGCGGUGAAGCCACCGCUGCCGAAACGCCCCCUCAACCUGAUGUUCAAGUCUCCCUCUGCCACACCCUUGGCGUCCGAGUCCCCGCCGGCCUCCCCUGUGGAGCGGCCCGUGCCCAUGGGCAACAUCUACAUGGUGGUGAGGAAGCCCAAACCGAAGAGGCCUCCUCACUCCCCGGUAAGCCCCUUGCCCCCUGCCAACCCAGAGCAGCAGUGCCAGUCCUACUUCCCUCCUCCGCUGCCUGAGUUCGAUCUGGAGCAUGGCAUCCCCAUAGAGGAGGAGGACAAUCUUCUCUCCCCGGGUAGCCCUGAGAAAGAGCAAGAGAGCAAGAGCAAGACCCUGCCCAGUCACGUCACCAUCUCCUGCUUAGCGGAGCUGGAUAAGAAGCGUCCCAAAGUGCCGCCGCCGGUUCCCAAGAAGCCCAGCGUCCUGCUGCUACCAUCCCCGUCAUCCUCCCAACUCAACGGGGUCGCCAACCAGCAGCUGUUCUCUCCCUCCAGCAGCAGUUCGGAGUGUCCACUCCCUGCACCGGAGCCUGUAGCAGAACCCACAGAGGAGGCUCAGCAGGACACGGAGAGCCAAGUAGUCAAGAUACCAGAGACUCCUGCCACUCCUGUUGCCCCUAUCGCUCCCCUGUCUCCUGUCACUCCUCUGUCUCCUCCCAUCACUCCCCUGUCUCCUGUCACCCCUCUGUCUCCUCCCAUCACUCCCCUGUCUCCUGUCACCCCUCUGUCUCCUCCCAUCACUCCCCUGUCUCCUGUCACACCGCUCACUCCUGUUACACCGCUCACUCCUGUCACGCCGCUAACUCCCAUUUCUCCUGUCACUCCUGUCCCUCCUCCUGUCACUGCCGUCACUCCUUCCUCUCCUGUGGAUUCGGGUCCUCCUUCAGACCAACCGUCGUCUGCUGAGGCAGUAGCAGAAAUUCCAGAACCUGCAUUGGAGGGAAGCAGCUCUGGCAAGGACAAGCAUGAACUCCACAUAACUGAAGAGACAGAGGAUGGCGUGUUUGCCCACACAUCCACUCCCCACACCACAGAGGACCUCUUCACCAUCAUUCACAGGUCAAAGAGGAAGGUUCUGGGCCGCAAGGAGCCGGUGGACUCGUUCGGCAGUCGUCAGAACCUGGUCUCGCCGGUGAAGAGCAGCAGCAGCGAUGUGCGGACACUAACCCUGGGCAGCACGCCCCGGUCGAGUGCUAGGAACGAGAACUUCAUGGCCCUGCUGCAGAAGAAGGGCAGCAAGUCCAGCAGCGGAACGCGCGUCUCCGCCAUGGAGCUUCUGAAGAGCACAAACCCACUGGCGCGCCGUGUCACGGAAUUCUCCCAACCCGAGCCUGACUCUGGCACGGCUAACCCCCCCAAGUCACCCCAGGAGUGAGUGAGUUAGCCAGUAAGCAACCAGGAGGUAUUGCUGAAUCUGAAUUGUCACAUUGUGUUUUCAUCUACUCUGCUCCGCCGAGAGGAAAGAGAAUGAUUCAAGAGGAUCCUACAACUUCUGGAUACUCUCAAAUCAGACACCACUAUUCACUCAUUUUCUAAUUCCACCUUCUGAACAAAAAUGCUUUAAGUGGUGGUGGAGGUUUUUUUUUGUCUUGAAGAGGGAGCUCUUUGGAAUAGGGUUUUUGGAAUGGAACUACAUACGUUUGUAGGUGUCCUCUUUUCCUCUGGAGAAUGUAUAGCGGCAAGUCAUGAAAAAGUCUUUUUUAUGGAGCUGAAUACAUCUGUGGCGCAAUGGGGAUGUUUUUGGAACUAAACAGUAAACUUUUAAGGACCAAAAUCGCCCAGACAUGGCCAAAAUCAAAAAAAUCAAUUUUGUGCCUGCAGGACGGAACAAAAUGAAAUUAUGGAAAAAAUGGAUUAUGCAUCUCACACAAAAAGAAUCGAGCAAGUUUUCACACAUUCCAUGAAGUGUGUUAGGGAUACAAAGCCUGAUGAAACCUUAAAAAUAAUUCUUCAAAGCACUUUCAUUCAAAGGAAAAAACAAAACAGAUAACGAUAUAUUAUUUUGUCAGAUUGAAGAAAACGCCAUAGACAUGUCUUUUGAAUAUCAGUACAUCUGUAUAAAGCUAUACAUACAGUCAGUAUAUACUUAAAUUAUCUAGAGAUCUGUUUAUUCUAAGAAAUUACAAAAUGGUUGUGUGUUGUGAGCUUCGUGGCCAAUGGAAACUGUGUAUUGAAAACAAACUCCUCAUACUCUUAAAGCACCCGAAUUACACAAUAUGCAAAACCUGAUGAAACUGCUAGCAAAAUGGGCCUUCCCAUACUGCCAACAGUGGCAACUCAGUAGCAUGUGUCUGUGACCUGAACAAAACUUAGCAAGAAAAGCUCAAUCUGUACGCAUCUGAACUUGAAACUGUGCCCGACUGCCAAGUUAACACUUCAAACAGUGGACCAAGACAGGUUAAUCAGGGCUUGAAGUAGGGAUAAAAGGGUUUCUGACUAGAGUGAGAUGACUAGGAUGUUUCCUUGUUUGGACUCUGAAGCGGUCCAAAGACUGUCUGAGAGGGAACUCACUCAGGGGGUUCGCAUGUCUCAGGAGACCCAAUAUGAAGUUAGGUCCAAGUGUGCCACAUCUCUCUAAAAAUAGAGCGCCUACAAUUGAACACACAGAGCAACUUAGGAAGAUAGGAGGCAAAUCUGACCCCGAAUAAGUCAGCUCCGGCCUCGAGUUACGCAACCUACUAUUACCCUCUGCCCUUUGCCCCUGCCCCUAACCCCUUACCUCUGACCCGCCCCUCUACCCCCCACCCCCCACCUACACCACCUUUAGACACACAUGAAUGGUGCAUGCUGCCAUAUUCUUUGUUGCAUUCACAUACGGCCUCUGGUCUUAUUGCUGGAGUUGUGUUGAGUGUUCUGCCUACAGUACUGUACUGUACUGUUGGUACUGGGUCAUGCAUCAGAAUCAGAGCAGCCGAUAAGCAAUGUUGUGUAGCCUACUCUGCUGAUGGGGCAUGGGGAAAAUAAUGAUUCCAUUCUACAUUUUAUGCACUCUGUAUGCUCAGUUUGUGCAGACAGAACGGGCCAAAGUCAUUGACAUGUGGAACAGGGUAACUGAGUGUGAGAUACAUUCAUUAUAAAAGCAAGAAAUGAUGCUAUUUGUGUAUGUUUGUUUAGACACCUGUCAUUUCGCAUUGAGGGGGAAAAUCAGUCUAUAGUCAUACUCCAGGGAGUGUCAGUCCCCAAAAUGGCAGUAUUGGACACAUAAGCCUAUGGUUUGCUCCUGGCUUGUUUCUCUGGGCGGCUGGUCGAUGAAAUCUGAUUGGGCACCUGCUAGAGUUCUGCGUUCGCACUUGCAAUCAAUCAAUUUUCACUAUGAACUGUGCUGUGACUUACUCGCAAAAAAAGUCAGAAACCUGUGGUGCUAUCAAGUCAGAGCAUCACCUGUGGUCCAGGAGACAAAGUUACAGUUUAUCCAGUAGACAAAAUGAUUUGAUUGUCUAAUAGACAAAACUUAUAUGACUGUUCACCAUGAAAGGAAGAGAGAAAUGACAGUGUUAGGAAUAUUCUGUUACUCCAAUUCUACCAGUCACCGCUUUUUACAACAUUUGAAGACUUGAAGUAAAAUGAUGAAAGAUUGAAAUGCUCUCAGUUCUGUGAAAUUGUAUGUUCUUUGUUCAGAAAACGACACACAAAACGAACAACACAAAAGCAUUUUUUGCCUUGUGAUAUGGCAUGGAGCCCUGUGUUUUAAUUGCCUUGGUAUUGCACUUCUGUAGGAGUAUGCCGAGAAACUCUUGUACUCUCUUUGUAAUCACUAUUUUCAAUGAAUCACUAUAUUGUGUACUCUGUUCUGUACUCGACGUCAUCGCCAAACAAACUUUUCCCGGAGUACGGUACAUACAGAAAGAAAUGAGGAGAGACAGGAGAGGAGGAAGAAAAAAAGAAAGAGAGGGAGAGAGGGAUGGAUGAAGGAUACAUAAACUGGGCCUGUUGGACCAGUGAAACUCCUAUUGACAUGUACAUGAACUCUCUUAAAAACUAAACAGUGCUCCAGGCCAAAAAAGAAAAUGAAAAUGGUCUUAUUUCAUAAUCUUUUUUGCCGACCAUGGUUCUGUCGUCAUGGUUUUUCACUUUCAGAUUAGAAAAAUCCAUUGGACUGGCUUUGCGUACGCAAAUGAUGAUAAUGAGGAAGGAUGAUGAUUGAACAGGGAAGGGAGGGAGGGGGAUUGCAAUGGUACAGAGAGGCUUUCUGAAGAAGCAGUGUUUCCAUGAAACUUAACGUGAGUGUACUGUAUGUGGAGUGACCUUGCCUACAUAUGCAAGCUUCUUCUGUUCAACUCUUCAUUUUCCCCAUCAUUCUUGGCCUCUCUCUCUCUCGCUUUCUCUCUCUCUCUCUCUCUCUCUCUCUCUCUCUCUCUCUCUCUCUCUCUCUCUCUCUCUCUCUCUCUCUCUCUCUCUCUCUCUCUCUCUCUCUCUCUCUCUCUCUCUGUACUCCACAACUGAAGACUCACAGAGAUGCAUUGAAAAAGACAUUUAUAAUUCCCAAUGGGACAGCAGUUGUCCCGCAUGACUGUAGCACACAGGAAGGCUAGUUGGAGAAGAGGACAGGAAGGAGAAGAAAGAAGGGGAGAGGACUUAAACAGCAGAGAGAGAGAGAGAGAGAGAGAGAGAGAGAGAGAGAGAGAGAGAGAUGGAGCAGUGAAGUCCUCUGUGAACCUUCAGCACCUUUUGAAUCAAAGAAAAGGACGAAAGCUUUUCAUGGUUUUAUGAUUGUUAUUAAAAAAAGUUAUCGAAAACAUUCUACAAUAAAUAAUUAUAUUACAUCCACAAAUAAAGCAUGUAUAUAGCAAUGGCAUAGUAAAAAAUGGCCCACUUGACAGAAUCUAUAGAGAAAAGUUUUAACACAGAGAUAAAUAAAUAAAAAUUGUACUGAAGAGACGAGUCAGCACAAGGUGCUCUCUUGCUGUGCAAUGAUCUAACCGAUUGCCAAAACAAAUAAGCUUUAUAGAAGACAAAUGUCACCCCCAAGAGUAGACAUAGCCUACAGCAAUGUUGGGUGGGUUAGUAAAAAUAUAACUGGGAAUUAUAUUUUUGUUAUUUUUAUCAUUGGAAAAAUAAAACAUAUUUAAAAACUCUACAUGUUAUUGAAUAUCUGUCAACAAAAACC